AUGAGCGGGAUCACAAUUUGUCGGCCGCGCCGGUAUGGCGCGUGGGCUGUCGACAGCCGCACGUGGGCGCGCCUGAGUACGAAGGACCACCUCCACGACACGGCAAGUGCUGUCGACUGCCGCGCCUGCCAGAACCUCUUUACGUGUUUUCGCCGCAAGCGCCACUGCCGCCACUGUGGCUCGGUCGUCUGUCGCGCCUGCCUCGAGAUCGUCGACGUCCACGACACGACGGACGACAAGCGCCGCCGCCGCACGGUUCAGAUCUGCAUUGAAUGCUGCGUGCGCCACGUCAUGGACACGCUGCCCGCCAAGUCGGCCCGCGGGCUUGCGACGCUGUCGCGAAGCCACUCGGCGCUGCAGCCGCCGACGCGCCGCCGACCGAACGGCGCGAGUCGUCGUCUCGAGGUCGUCGCCGAGGCCGACACGGCGCGUCUUGAGGACGUUUGCAAGGCCGCAGCCGCCGCCUACAACUGCCCCAUGGCCGGCGUAAGUCUCGUCGACGGCGACACCGAGCGCUGCAUUGCCUCCCAUGGGUUCUCUACGGCGUCGGUGCCCCGAGCGACGGCUUUUGGCGCCCACGUCGUGCAGAGCGCGUCUCCGGUCGUGGUCCUCAACACGGGCGAUCGCGACCACGCGUCACCGAUGGCCGCCCAGUUUUACGCCGGCGUUCCGCUGCACACGUCGUCCGGCGCGGUCGGCGGCACGCUCUUUGUGCUCGACACCAAGCCGCGCACGGCAUCGGUGCGCACGGGGCGCCUCGAGCAGCUGGCGUCCAUGGCGUCGGACGCGCUGCAUCCAGAUGAGAGCGCAACCCUCAUCUCGGUGCCCGUGCUCGAGUCGGUUGUCACGGCCGUGCUGAGUCCGAGCUCGUCGCAUUCGGUGUCGUCGCCCUCUGCCGUCUUGUCGCCGAACGACAUGCACCUGAUCCUGACGUCGCUUUUACGCGAGCAAGACCGCACGGACGCGAUCUUGGCCUCGUUCGUGCACGCGCGGUAGCACCAAGUGUUGUUAGUACAUUGUAGUCGACACCGUAAUCGUCCGUCGCAGUAGGAAGGACAGUCCACGUGUAUAUAAACCUCCGCAUGCGAAGAUGCUCUUUCC